CGCCGCGCGAGGGAGGGAGGGAGAGAGAGAGGAAGGGCCGGUCCUUCCCCGCUGCCCGCUUCGCCCCGGCUCUGCCCGCUCCGGCAGCCAGCGGCGAGGGGAGGGGAGAGGGAAGACCGGAGGAGGGCGCGGAGGCAGCGCCGUCACCAGAGGAGGCGGCGGCGAGGAGGAGGAGGAGAAGCCGGAGCCUCGCCUCGCCUCGCAGCCCCUCCGCCGUCACCGCCUCGCCGUCCCCGGCCGCCGGAGACACCGGCGGCCGCCCGUCCUCAUGAUGGCCUCGACCCCCUGCACCCGCUUCACCGACGAGUACCAGCUCUUCGAGGAGCUCGGGAAAGGGGCGUUCUCCGUCGUGAGGAGGUGCAUGAAAAUCACCACAGGACAAGAGUACGCUGCCAAAAUCAUCAACACCAAAAAGCUCUCGGCUAGGGAUCACCAGAAACUGGAAAGGGAAGCUAGAAUCUGUCGCCUCUUGAAGCAUCCCAAUAUUGUGCGGCUCCAUGACAGCAUAUCAGAAGAAGGAUUCCAUUACUUAGUCUUUGACUUAGUCACUGGAGGUGAAUUGUUUGAAGAUAUAGUUGCAAGAGAAUAUUAUAGUGAAGCAGAUGCCAGUCAUUGUAUACAGCAGAUUCUAGAAAGUGUUAAUCAUUGUCAUCUAAAUGGCAUAGUUCACAGAGACCUGAAGCCUGAGAACUUACUUCUAGCUAGCAAAUCAAAGGGAGCAGCAGUAAAACUGGCAGACUUUGGAUUGGCUAUAGAAGUCCAGGGAGAGCAGCAAGCUUGGUUUGGCUUUGCUGGUACCCCGGGAUACCUUUCUCCAGAAGUGUUACGAAAAGAUCCUUAUGGAAAACCUGUGGAUAUGUGGGCAUGUGGAGUCAUUCUGUAUAUCCUCCUGGUGGGAUACCCUCCAUUCUGGGAUGAAGACCAGCACAGGCUUUACCAGCAGAUCAAGGCUGGUGCUUAUGAUUUCCCCUCACCAGAAUGGGACACGGUGACUCCUGAAGCAAAAGACCUUAUCAACAAAAUGCUCACCAUCAACCCAGCGAAACGUAUCACAGCAUCAGAAGCACUAAAGCAUCCCUGGAUCUGUCAACGUUCUACUGUUGCCUCUAUGAUGCACAGACAAGAGACUGUAGAUUGCUUGAAGAAAUUCAAUGCAAGAAGAAAACUAAAGGGGGCCAUUUUGACAACAAUGCUGGCUACCAGAAAUUUCUCAGCAGCCAAGAGUUUACUGAAAAAGCCGGACGGAGUUAAGAAAAGGAAGUCCAGUUCGAGUGUUCAGAUGAUGAUAAACAACAAAACCAACGUGGUAACCAGCCCCAAGGAAAAUAUUCCUACCCCGGCGCUGGAGCCCCAAACUACAGUAAUCCACAACCCUGAUGGAAAUAAGGAAUCAACAGAGAGUUCCAACACAACCAUCGAAGAUGAGGAUGUGAAAGCUCGUAAGCAGGAGAUUAUCAAGGUGACCGAGCAGUUGAUUGAAGCCAUCAACAACGGGGACUUUGAAGCUUACACGAAAAUCUGUGAUCCAGGCCUUACAUCUUUUGAACCUGAAGCUCUGGGUAAUCUGGUAGAAGGGAUGGACUUCCACCGGUUUUACUUUGAAAAUGCUCUGUCCAAGAGUAACAAGCCGAUCCACACGAUCAUCCUGAACCCCCACGUGCACCUGGUGGGCGAGGACGCGGCCUGCAUCGCGUACAUCCGCCUCACGCAGUACAUGGACGGCAGCGGCAUGCCCAAGACCAUGCAGUCCGAGGAGACGCGCGUCUGGCACCGCCGCGACGGCAAGUGGCAGAACGUCCAUUUCCACCGCUCAGGCUCGCCCACAGUACCUAUCAAUGCCUAGCGCAGAGGGAUCCCCACCGCGGCUCCGGCCCCUACCUGCUACGCUAAAAAUAUCAGCGGUGCCGCUCUUGCAUUUUCUGUACCCAACGCACCUGGUUGAUUACCAUCUUGGCCAUCCCGUUCUCUUCAUGCAUGUUUCUGAGUGCAUGGAGUCGUGAAGGUUCUUCAUGUAACACAUUUGUGACGCACCACGUUGCUGUAUAUUCCAUCUGUACACUGUUAGCAUUUCAAUGAAGGCGAUGUUCCAUGCAAAUAGAGAAUAACAAGGAGUAAAAAAGGCAAAAAAAAAAAAAAAAAAAAAAAAAAAAUGUUGGAUGGACGGCAGUAGAUACACAAUACAUCUGUCACUUCCUCCAUUUAUGCCAAGUUUUGAGAGACAACUUUAAAAACUAUCCUGUUUAU